GUUCAGUCAGCGGCGCGUCAGUCUGCGAGCGGCUCUGCUGGUGUGGGUGAUACAGAGGAGGACGGACUUUUUCACCGGGAUAUUCUGCAGCAUGACCGGAAUGGACUGAUGAUGGGAUGGAUGUGAAUAUGGGCCAGUGGGCAGGCAUGCAAGUCCCUCUCCUCUGCCUGGCCCUUCUGCUGCAGUUGCUGCUCUUCGAGCCACCACCCUGCUGUGGCCAGAACACCCAGGGGGCCCUUCCAGAUGGACCUCACUUUGGCUUCACACAGGCUGUCUACCAUGCAACAGUUUACGAAAACUCUGCAGCACGCACCUAUGCCAACAGUAAAGUUAAAAUGGGAAUCCACCUGGCCCAACGCUCCUGGGAGAUCCGCUACAGAAUCACCUCAGGUGAUGAUGAAGGGUUUUUCAAGGCAGAGGAGUAUGUGCUGGGUGACUUCUGCUUCUUGCGCAUCAGGACUAAAGGUGGCAACGCAGCUAUCUUGAACCGAGAGAUUCAGGAUAAUUAUGUACUGACAGUUAAAGCCUCUGUCAGGGGAGAGGCCCUCCUUGAGACAUGGACUAAAGUCAGCAUCCAGGUCUUGGAUAUGAAUGACCUACGACCCUUGUUCUCACCCACCACUUACUCCGUCACCAUAGCAGAGAGCACCCCUCUCAGGACUAGUAUAGCACAAGUUACUGCCACAGAUGCAGAUAUUGGCUCUAAUGGGGAGUUUUACUAUUUUUUCAAGGAGAAAAUGGAGUUGUUUGCAGUACACCCAACUAGUGGAGUGGUUUCUCUCAGUGGAAAGCUCAAUGUUGAUGAGCAGAACCGGUAUGACUUAGAAAUCCUGGCGGUGGACCGUGGCAUGAAGCUCUAUGGAAAUAAUGGAGUCAGCAGCACAGCCAAGCUUUUUGUCCAUGUAGAGCGCGUGAAUGAAUAUGCCCCAGUCAUGAACGUAGUCACUCAUAACCCCUUGUGGCUUGAUAAAAACCCUGUGUAUGCCACGGUUACUGUUGAGGACCUAGAUGAAGGCUUAAAUGGAGAAAUAGACUCAGUAGUCAUUGUGGGUGGAGACCCCUCAGAGCAGUUUUCCGUAGAAAAAUCUGAGGGUGAGUUUGCCAUAAAGGCCUCUGAGUCUCUAACUUGGGACACUUUUCCUUAUGGUUGUAAUCUCACUUUGCAGGCUAAAGACAGAGGAACCCCACAGAAAUUCUCUGCCAUUAAGGUUGUCCACAUCUUGCUCAAGAAACAGCAGACAGUGGAAGUUAAGUUUGAGAGGGAGUUGUAUGAGCUUAGUCUGAAUGAAAUUUCACCACCAGGCACGAUUGUAGAGGCUAUUAAAAUCAAGCCAGAGCCUGAUGAUGCAGAAUAUAUCCUGACACCAUCUGCAGAUUCUGUUUUUUUUCAAAUGAACACCCUAACAGGCGUAAUCUCCACCACUCGCUGGUUCACUCAGGUGACCCAGGAUGUCUUUAAUCUUGAGGUAUUGGAAAUAGAUAGUGAACUCAAAGUUAAAGUGCGGGUAACUAUUGAGGAUGCCAAUGACAACACACCAACAUUUGAUCAGACCUCUUACGAGGUUUUAGUCAAUGAAAGUGUACCAGUUGGGACCAAUGUGUUAACAGUUUCUGCUGUGGAUGAGGAUAAAGGAGAAAAUGGAUACAUAACUUACAGUAUUUCCAGCCUUCAACCAUUACCCUUCAAAAUCAAUCAGUUUUCUGGUAUCAUCAGCACCACUAAAGAGUUGGACUUUGAAUCCUCAUCAGAGAGUUUUGUGUUUGUUGUCAGAGCAUCUGACUGGGGGUCACCUUACAGGCGAGAAAGUGAAGUCAAUGUGACAAUCCACCUGGAAAAUGUAAAUGAUAACCAGCCACUGUUUGAGAAGGUAGCAUGCCAGGGGGUGAUCUCUAGGGAUUUCCCAGUGGAUGAAGUUAUUACUACAAUGUCUGCGAUUGAUAUAGAUGAGUUAGAGCUAGUAAAAUAUAAGAUAAUUUCAGGGAACGAAUGGGGGUUCUUCGACCUGAAACCUGACUCAGGGGUCCUCUCAUUGCGACGUUCCCUUGCCACAGCCAGUCCAAAGAAUAGUGUCUUUUGUCUCAAAAUAACGGCUACAGAUGGUGAGCACUUUUCAGAUGCUAUCUUUGUUAACAUCUCAGUUGUUCAUGGGAAAUCUGUUCCCAAAAGUUUCAACUGUAAAGAGACAAGGGUAGCCCAAAAGUUAGCUGAAAAGUUACUCAAAAAGUCCAAAGCUAGCACCCAGCCUAAAAUCGAGGCAGGUUUUAUUGACCUUUUCUCUGUCAAUCGGCAAAUGCCACAGUUUGACAAAGCUUUUCCUACAGAUAUUGCUGUGCGGGAAGACCUAAAGGUAGGCUCAAGUGUUUUUAAGGUGAAUGCCUACGAUGGUGACACAGGUUUCAAUGGUCAGAUUCUACACUCUAUUUCAGAUGGAAACACUGACAGUUGUUUUACCAUUGACAUGGAGACUGGCAUUAUCAGUGUCUUCCUGCCCAUGGACAGAGAAAAGAGGGAUCGCUAUCUCCUCAACCUAACUAUUUAUGACCUUGGCCUGCCACAAAAAACUACAUGGCGUUUGCUUACUGUCUACAUAGAGGAUGCUAAUGAUAAUUCACCCCAGUUUCUGCAAGAAGGAGGCUAUAGAGCUGUUAUACCUGAAAACACUGCCAUAGGUACAGAUGUAAUCCAGGUUGAGGCCACCGACAAAGAUCUUGGACCCAGUGGAGAGAUUGUGUACUCUAUUUUGACCAGCACCACCCAGUUUGGUAUCAACUCCACCAAUGGGAUAGUGUAUGUUGCUGGACAACUAGACAGGGAGUUUGUUUCUGCUUUUAACCUGAAGAUUGAGGCCCGGGACAAGGCAGAGAAAGGGAGCCAGAGGUUUUCUGUGACCACUUUGAAAAUCAUACUGGAGGAUGUUAAUGACUGUCCUCCACUAUUUAUCCCCAGUGUGUACAAAGCUAGGGCUCUGGAGGAUCUUCCAGUAGGAACUGUUGUGGCCUGGUUAGAAACCCAGGACCCAGAUUUGGGUUUGGGAGGCCAGGUCCGGUACUCUCUAGCCAAUGACUACAAUGGAUGGUUUGAGAUAGACAGGGCUAGCGGGGCUAUUCGUCUGGCAAAGGAGCUGGACUACGAGACCCAGCAGUUCUACAAUCUCACUGUGAAGGCCAAAGACAAGGGAAGGCCCGUUUCUCUUCUCUCUGUCACCUUUGUGGAGGUCGAGGUUGUAGAUGUGAAUGAAAACCUCUACGCCCCAUACUUUUCCCACUUUGCCUUGACAGGAUUAGUUACAGAGAAUGCCCGGAUUGGAACUACCCUACUCCAAGUCACCGCUUAUGAUGAGGACACUGGCAGAGAUGGAGAAAUCCAGUACUCCAUUCGUGAUGGGAGUGGGCUUGGACGAUUUGCCAUUGAUGAAGAGACAGGGGUGAUCUACACCACUGAUAUGUUGGACCGUGAGACCAAGGAGUCCUAUUGGCUAACAGUGUAUGCCAGCGACCACGGUGUGGUUCCCCAGUUCACCAUUGUCGAGGUGUACAUCCAGGUGGAGGAUGUUAAUGACAACGCCCCACUGACUUCAGAACCACUGUACCGGCCAUCAGUGUCUGAGAACUCUCCUCGGGAUGUUUCUGUGAUCCAGAUUCAGGCCCAGGACCCUGACGCCACACCCCCCUCCGCUGCUGACAGGCUCAACUACCGCAUAACCAGCGGAAACCCACAGAACUUCUUCACCAUCAACACCCGCACUGGUCUGAUCACUACAACCUCCAGGAAACUGGACCGCGAACAACAAACAGAGCACGUAUUAGAGGUGUUGGUGUCAGAUGGUGGUUCGAGUCCCAGGCAUAGUACAGUGUGGGUGAUCGUUCAGGUACUGGAUGAAAAUGACAACAAGCCCACAUUUCCUGAGAAGGUCUACCAGGUAAAACUUCCAGAGAGAGAGCGGAGAAAGAAGAGUGAGCCUAUCUAUCGGGUGUUUGCCUACGACCGUGAUGACGGGCCCAACAGUGAUCUCUCCUACAGCAUCGUGGACGGCAAUGAGGAUGGGAAGUUCUUCAUCGACCCAAAGACUGCAGUUGUAUCUUCACGCAAGACCUUCACUGCUGGGAGCUAUGACAUCCUGACUAUUAAAGCAACAGACAACGGCCGUCCUCAGAAGUCCUCUACAACUCGCCUGCACAUCGAGUGGAUCCGUCGACCUCCACCCUCAACCUUCCCGCUGCUCUUCGAUGAGCCAGUCUACAAUUUCACCAUCAUGGAGAAUGACAAGGUGGCAGAGAUUGUGGGUGUGGUGUCCCUGCAGCAGAGCUCCAUCCCCUUGUGGUUUGACAUUACAGGUGGGAACAGCGAUGGUGUGUUUGACGUAGAGAAAGCUGUGGGCACCAUCAUCAUCGCCAAGCCUCUGGAUGCUGAACAGCGCUCCUUCUACAACCUGACGGUGCAGGCCACGGACGGCACCAACACUGCAUACUCGCAGGUUCACAUAACUGUGAUGGACAACAACGACAAUGCUCCCAUCUUCUCCCAACCAACAUAUGAUGUCACUAUUUCUGAAGAUAUACCACCUGACACUGAGGUAGUCCAGGUUCUGGCAUUGGACUGCGAUGAGAAUCACCAGCUAAUCUACUCUCUGCAGAGCUCCAUAGACCCCAGUAGCAUGCAUUUGUUCCGCAUCCACCCCACCCUGGGCACCAUCUAUUCUGCUCAGAGGCUGGACCAUGAAGCCUGUGCCCAGCACAUCCUCACUGUCAUUGUGAAGGACCAAGAGUUCCCAUACAGAAAGAACCUGGCUCGUGUGCUAAUAGAAGUGGAAGAUAUAAAUGACCAUGUACCAAUAUUUACCAGUGCUCUGUAUGAAGGCUCAGUCUAUGAGUCAGCAGCAGUGGGAUCAGCUGUGGUCCAAGUCACUGCCCUGGACAAAGACAAAGGCCAGAAUGCAGAGCUAUACUACUCCAUUGAAGCAGGGAACAAUGGAAAUGCUUUCCAUAUUGAACCUGUUUUGGGUAUCGUCACUGUUGCACGUGACCUGGACUUGUCCAGCAUAGGCCAUUAUGUUCUCACUGUCAGAGUUACUGACAAUGGCUCCCCUCCCCUGUCCACCACCACUAUAGUGCGUAUUGCUGUCACCAUCUCUGAUAACGCUGGCCCUAAGUUCCCUCAGCCUGACUACCAGGCUGAGAUCACAGAGAAUGUGGUGGUUGGGACCUCUGUAACCACUGUAAGUGCAGUCAGCCAGUCCACCCUUACUUAUGACAUCAAGCAGGGCAAUACCAACCGUGUUUUUCAAAUAAAUCAGUACAGUGGAGUGAUUACUACUCAAAAGCCCCUAGACUAUGAGACUACAACAUCUUACACCCUAAUAGUCCAGGCUACCAAUAUGGCUGGCAUGGCAUCCAAUGCAACUCUGGUAAUCCAAAUAAUGGAUAGGAAUGAUAACCCACCAGUUUUCCAACAGCUUCACUAUCGUGGCAGCAUCAGCGAGGCUGCACCAGUCAACAGUGUGGUCUUGAAUUCAGAUGAUUCACCUCUAGUAAUAAAGGCCACUGAUGCUGACCACAACCAAAAUGCUCUGUUGGUCUACCAGAUUGUUGAGGACACUGCAAAAAUGUUCUUCACGGUGGACUCAGGAACUGGUUCUAUCAGAACCAUUGCUAAUCUAGAUCAUGAGACACUGGCCAUCUUCCACUUUCAUGUCCAUGUGAGGGACAAUGGCAGGCCACAGUUGACAGCAGACAGUCCAACUGAGGUCACAAUACAAGUGACUGACACAAAUGAUUCACCACCUCGCUUCACACAGAAUGCCUAUGAAACAGUCCUGCUACUCCCCACCUAUGUGGGAGUAGAAGCUUUGCAGGUUUCAGCCAUAGACCCUGACAAAGAUGUCUCUACAGAGCUCACUUACUCUCUGACUGAUGGAGUACUGGAGCACUUUGCCAUCAAACCUUCCAGUGGAGUCAUCAUAGUAAAAAACAACAAUUUCUCCAAAGAACGUUUCCGCUUCAGUGUCAAAGUUUCAGAUGGGAAAUUCUCCAGCACGGCUUUGGUAACCAUUCUUGUCCGAGAAGCUCUGGACUCUGGUCUCAGCUUCACCCAUAGCGUUUACUCUUCAUCUAUUCAAGAGAAUGUGUUAAAUAUCACCGAAGUGGCUGUGGUAAAUGCUGUGGGAAACCGUCUUAAUGAACCAUUGAAGUACACCUUGUUGAAUGCCGGUACAUGCUUCAGAAUCCGUCCAACUUCUGGCGUGAUCCAAACCACAGGAAUACCCUUUGACCGUGAAGAGCAAGAGUUCUAUGAACUAGUUGUUGAGGCGAGAAGGGAGCACGACCGUCUGCAUGUGGCCAGAGUUAUGGUUAGAGUCCAAGUUGAGGACAUAAAUGAUAAUGCACCUGUGUUUGUUGGACUUCCUUAUUAUGCAGCUGUUCAAGUUGAAGCUGAGCCUGGAUCACCCAUUUUCAGGGUCAUGGCAGUAGACUUUGACAAAGGGAUUAAUGGAGAGGUAUCUUAUUACCUCAAAGAUGACCAUGGUCACUUUGAGAUCAACCGACAGACGGGUAGUCUCAGCCUGAAGAGGGCUUUUGAGUCAGACUUGUCCAAUGUCGAAUAUCAGAUGGUAAUAUAUGCCAAAGAUAGUGGUUAUCCACCUCUCUCAUCUACUACAGAGUUUCCCAUCACAGUAGUCAACAAAGCCAUGCCUGUCUUUGACAAAUCAUUUUAUUCUGUUUCUGUGAAUGAGGAUGUGGCUGUGCACACACCAAUCCUUGGCAUCAAUGCCACUAGUCCUGAAGGUCAGAACAUAAUCUACACCAUUGUUGAUGGAGACCCAUCUCUUCAGUUUGAUAUUGGUUUUGAUACUGGAGUCAUAAGUGUCAUCCACACUUUGGACUAUGAAGCAGCAUUAUCUUACCAGCUGACCAUCAGAGCCACAGACUAUCUGACUGGUGCCCGUGCUGAAGUUAAUGUAGAUGUGCUUGUCCAAGAUGUAAAUGAUAACCCGCCUAUCUUCCAGAAAAUGUUGUACAGGGUAGUUUUGUCUGAAACAGCCAUGAUUGGAACUCCAGCACUUCAAGUAAUUGCAGCUGACAAAGACUCAGAGAAGAACAAUGUUGUCCGUUACCAGAUUUUCUCAGAUGCGCAUAACAGCACAGAAUACUUUCACAUUGAUAGUAGCAGUGGAUUAAUCCUGACAGCACGUAUGCUAGACCAUGAACUAGUCCACAAGUAUGACUUCAUUGUCAGGGCCACUGAUAAUGGGUUCCCACCUCUGAGUAGUGAAGUAUCAGUCAUAGUUGUAGUGAAUGACAUGAACGACAAUCCUCCUGUUUUCAACCAGCUCCUCUAUGAGGCAUAUGUGAAUGAGUUAGCACCUAGGGGUCACUUUGUAACCUGUGUCCAGGCAUCAGAUGCUGACAGCUCGGAUUUUGACAAGUUGGAGUACAGCAUUUUGUCAGGAAAUGAAGGAAUGAACUUUGUGAUGGACAAAAAGACAGGAAUCAUUACAUUAUCCAGCCAUCAUAAGCAAAGAAUGGAGUCUGCCUACAGCCUCAAUGUUUCAGUGUCUGAUGGGGUGUUCACCAGCACUGCACAGGUUCAUGUUAAGGUUUUGGGAGCCAACCUGUAUAGUCCAGUGUUUGCGCAAAAUAUGUAUGAGGCAGAGUUAAGAGAGAAUUCUGCUGUGGGAACCAAAGUUGUACAGGUGAGGGCAACAGAUGCAGACCCUGGAGUGUUCGGUCACAUAAGUUAUUCCUUUGUUAAUGAUGUGGGCAAGGACCAAUUCAGCAUUGAUGCAAGUGGUCAGAUCGCUACUAUAGAAAAGCUUGAUCGAGAGGACCCUGCCAAUAAAAACAUUGUUCUGACAGUAGCAGCCAGGGACUCAGGUGGACGUGUCUCUUACUGUACAGUACAAGUUAAUCUGUUGGACGAUAAUGACAAUGCACCUCACUUCCGUGCGACAGAGUACAGAGCUUCAGUCAAAUCUGAUGUGGCUAAAGGUUUUUUGGUGACACAGAUUCAGGCUUAUGAUCCUGAUGACGGUACUAAUGCCAAAGUGACAUAUUCACUUUACAGUGAGGCACAUGUCCCUGUGAUAGAUAUAUUGGAGAUAGACCCAGACAAUGGUUGGAUGGUGACUAAAGGCAGCUUCAGCCACCUGAGGAACUCUGUAUUAUCUUUUUUUGUGAAAGCUGUGGAUGGAGGGAAUCCAGUCCGGCACUCUCUAGUGUCUGUCUACAUCCAUGUUCUUUCUAUAGAUGCUUUCAUUCCUUCCUUCAGCCAACAUCAAUACUUAUUUAGCAUGCCAGAGGACACCCCCAUUGGUUCAACCAUAGGAACAUUGCAUCUCAAUACUUCUCCUGGAUAUACCUCACUCACUGCUACUUUUUCCCUGGUUAACGGAGAGACUAGAGAAAACAACCAAGAUGGGGUGUUUGUGGUGGGAAAGGAUACAGGUGUAAUCAAGCUUGAUAAGCCCUUGGACCAUGAUGUGAUCAAAGGAUACCACUUCAAAGUCACGGCCACUGUAAAACAGGCAAAGCUGGCUUCUGUGACUUCUGUUGAUGUUGAAGUAAAAGUGUUGGAUCUAAAUGACAACAAACCAGCCUUUGAUGCCAACUCCUAUGAAGCCACAGUUAUGGAGGGAAUGCCAGUUGGAACCAGAAUUAUUCAAGUCCAAGCAUUAGACCCAGACUCAGGGGCCAAUGGUCAGGUAACUUAUAGUUUUGGGGCAUUAAUCCAGUCAGAAGUGGAUUCAGAAACAUUUGUUGGCACCUUUAGCAUUGACAGCAACACAGGCUGGAUCACCACACGCAAGGACUUGGAUCAUGAGACCAAUCCAUCCUACACAUUCACAGUGGUGGCAUCAGACCUUGGGGAGACCCUGUCUCUUUCCAGUACCACCACUGUGACCGUAGCAGUGUCAGACAUCAAUGACAACCCGCCCAGGUUCCUGGAGCAACAGUACUUUGGUUCAGUUCAGGAGAGCGACCCGCCAGGUGAGGUGGUGGCUGUGCUCAACACCAGAGAUGAUGACAGCUCUCCCAUUAACCGACAAGUCAGCUACCACAUCACUGGUGGGAACUAUCGUGGUGUGUUUGCACUGGGUCUGGUUCAGGGUGAAUGGAAGAUGUAUGUGAAGUGGCCGCUGGACAGGGAGGAUCGCAACCUAUACACCAUCAAUGUCACUGCUAGCGAUGGGCUCUUUGUUUCCCAAGCAACAGUGGAGGUGACAGUGAUAGACACCAAUGACAACAGUCCCAUCUGUGACCAGGCUGUGUACACUGCCUCCAUUCCAGAGGACCUCCCCAUCGGCAGUGUGCUGCUGAGGGUUGGAGCUACAGAUGAAGAUGCAGGCAUCAGUGCCUGGAUCCAGUACUCUUUACAUGGUCCUGGAUCCCAGGACUUCAGCAUGGACCCGGACACUGGUGAGGUCAAGUCAUCUGUGAUUCUGGACCGUGAGAUGACACCCAAUUACAGAUUGUUUGCUCAAGCAACUGAUGGUGGUGGCCGGUGGUGUCGUGCUGAGGUGCAGCUGGUAGUGACUGACGUGAAUGACAACCCGCCCAUCUUUACACUAUCACAGUACACUGCCAGCGUCUACGAAGACACUGCCACCAAAGCCCUGCUCACCCGCAUCCAGGCCAUAGACCCUGAUGAAGGCCUGGGCCGUAUGGUGGUCUACACUCUGGCCGACUCUGCAGGAGGUUCCUUCUCCAUCGAUAAAUCCUCAGGUAUUGUGGUCCUUGAACGCAUCCUCGAUCGGGAGGUCCAGCCAGCUUAUCAGAUAACAGUCCAUGCGUCUGACCAGGGUUCACCGCUUCCCCUCUCCUCAUUGGUCAAUGUCACAAUUACUGUGCUGGACAUCAAUGACAACCCGCCUGUGUUUGAGCGCCGUGAUCAGCUGGCGACAGUGCCGGAGGAUGUGGGAGUGGGCACAGAGGUUCUGAGAGUUUAUGCUGCCAGCAAGGACAUCGGGACCAAUGCUGAGAUCACUUACAGUAUCCGAUCAGGCAACGAGCACAGGAAGUUCCACAUCCACCCGCUGACCGGAGCCAUUUUAGUUGCCCAGCCUUUGGACUAUGAGAUCUGUAGAGACUACUACCUGACAGUGGAGGCUCGUGAUGGCGGGGCACCACCACUGAGUGCCAUUACUACAGUGAACAUCAACCUGACAGAUGUCAAUGACAAUGCACCCAUGUUUAGCCGUGACCUCUACACUGCAGUGGUGUCAGAGGAUGCCACCAUUGGAGAGUCUGUAGUCCAGAUGGUAGCAGAGGACGUUGACAGUCAGCUGAAUGGAGACAUUCUCUACUCCAUCAUCAGUGGAGAUCGAGACAACCAUUUCUUUAUUGAUCCACUCUGUGGGGUCAUCAAGGUCAACAAGCAACUGGACCGUGAGACUGUUCCCAGCUAUUCAUUGGCCAUUAGAGCUCUGGAUAGUGGAAUACCACCCAUGUCCUCUACCGUAAUGGUCAACAUCGACAUCUCUGACGUCAAUGACAACCCGCCCACCUUCUCCCCAGCUAACCUCACUACUGUCAUACAGGAAAACAAGCCAAUCGGCACCAGCAUUAUACAGUUGUCCGUCACUGAUCAGGACUCCUCCCACAACGGCCCACCCUUUGACUUCCGCAUCCUGUCAGGAAAUGAAGGUGGAGAGUUUGUACUGGAGAAAGAUGGAACACUGGUGGCCAAUCAAGUGUUCAGGAGGGAAAUGGCUGAAUAUGUUAUUCAGAUACAGGUGACAGACUCAGGGAAGCCUCGUCUCUCCUCCUCCUCCAUGCUGACAGUCAGGGUGAUUGAGGAGAGCCUCCACCGUCCUGUGGCAUUGCCACUGGAAGUUCAUAUCGUCACUAUGGAGGACGAGUUUCCUGGUGGUGUGAUUGGCCAGCUGCACGCCACCGACGCUGACCCUUAUGAUGCGCUGACUUUUGGCCAUGCCCCCCCAGCCCAGCGCAGUCUUUUUAAGAUCAGUCCUCAUGAUGGUAAGAUCAUCGCCCUGGGAGGAUUGGAUGCAGGCAGGUACUCUCUUAACGGCAGUGUUAGUGACGGUCGUUUCGCCGUGCCUGUGCCCGUGAGUAUUCAUGUGGAGCAGGCCACACCGGAGAUGCUGCGCGAGGCGGUGACCGUGCGCUUUGAGAGUGUGGCACCACAAGACUUUGUGGCAUUGCACCUUAAGAGCGUUUUGAAGGUGUUACAGCAGGCAGCCACAUCGCAGCAGCAGGAUAUGCUGCACCUGCUUAGUUUGCAGCCAGUUGGCGGGACUCAACAGCUGGACAUGCUCGUCGCAGUGAAAACAGCAGGGGACGGGUACUACAAGGCGGCAUAUCUCACCCAGAAACUCAGUGCAUCACGGCGGCAGCUGGAGGAGGUCCUCAGAGUGUCAGCUAUCCUAGAUAAGAACUGCUCGGGGCUAGAGUGUCGCGGAGCGCAGUGUGAACAGAGCAUCACCCUGGACUCACACAACCUGGCUACAUACAGUACCCCACGGGUCAGCUUCGUCUCACCACGCUUCCACCGGACCUCACGCUGCACAUGCAGUGAUACCAGCUGUGCUGUCCUCUCAGAGCAGUGUGAGGACCAGCCAUGUCCAGCAGACAUGCAGUGUGUUUCAAUUGAGGCCAAAAGAGGGCACUAUGCCUGCCAAUGUCCACCGGGCAAACUAGGAGAAUGUGCAGGUCAUUCGUCUCUGAGUUUCUCAGGUAACAGCUAUAUCAAGUACAGACUGUCUGACCGGCUGCAGACAGAGCUGAAACUCAGCCUGAGGAUCAGAACACUGCAGAGCCGAGGAAUCAUCAUGUACACACACACUGAGCCUUGCACCAUGCUCAAGUUGGAGGAGGGGAGGCUGUGGUUCCAGCUGGCAUGUGGCCUUGGCGGUGGAGGUGGUGACAGUCCUGACAUGUUGGGCAUCUCUGGCCGUCGUAUCAAUGAUGGCAGCUGGCACACGGUGGCACUGGAGCUGAACCGCAACUUCAGCAGCCUGGCGCUGGAUAACAGCUACGUUGAGCAACGCCGUGGACCUCCAUUUAUCCAACUACUCGCUCCCGACAGGACCAUCUACUUUGGAGCACUGGUACAGCACCCCAGCUCUCGCAGCCUCAUGCACUCCCAGAAGGACCCGCGGGUGCUUGAGGGUUUCCAGGGCUGCCUGGACUCAGUCAUGCUAAACAACUACGAGCUGCCACUGCAGAACAAACGCUCACGCUACGCAGAGGUGGUAGGACUGACAGAGCUGAAGCUGGGCUGCAUCCUCUAUCCUGACGCCUGCCUACAGCAGCCCUGUCGCAACGGAGCCACUUGCAUCAGCUUGCCCUCUGGAGGGUUCUCAUGCAACUGUAGCCCCCAGUACACCGGAGGGCGCUGUGAGAUGGAGAUAACUGCGUGUGUUCCCAACCCAUGUCAGAAUGGUGCCAUUUGUAAAGCCAUUGGCAACGCGUUCCUCUGCAGCUGCAGGAGAGGUUUCAAGGGUCUGACCUGUGAUGAAGAUGUCAACGAAUGCGACCGCAGAAAUCCAGAGGGUGAGUGUGAGAAUGGCGGUGUCUGCGUCAACACUCACGGUUCCUUCUACUGUAACUGUACGGCGGGCUUCGUGGGCCAACAUUGCAGCCUGAGGCCUGUCGUUGUCCCUGACAUGCAGGCAGGUCACGCUGUGGUUGGUAAAGAGGAGCUGAUUGGCAUUUCUGUGGUGCUUUUUGUCAUCAUCACUCUCAUCAUCCUCUUCAUCGCUUUCCGCAAGAAGGUUUUCCAGAAGAACUACUCGCGGAACAAUCUGUCUCUGGUCCAGGACCCGGCCACUGCAGCACUCCUCAACAAGGCUAACGGUCUUCAGUUUAAGACCCUACACUGCACACCUGGAGACCCUCUCAACCUGUACUCAGAGCCAGGGCUGGGGCCCACUGUGGGGGGAGGGGGUGGGAUGAUGGGACCUCCACAGGUCCCUGUCAGGCCCAUGGCAUACACACCAUGUUUCCAAGGAGACCCACGGCCCACACUGGAGAAGACUGUGGAUGGGCGCGGUGUGGAGCAUACAGAGAUGACCACCUUUCAUCCAGAAUCACCAAGGAUCUUGUCAGGAACCAACAGGAGGGGGGUGGUGGUGUGCAGCGUGGCCCCCAACAUGCCGGCAGUGUCACCCUGUCGCUCAGAUUGUGACUCCAUACGCAAGAGCCCAUGGGACAGUGAUGAGGGUAAGAUGGUUGACAUGGCAGAAGAAGUAACGUGUUUCUCAGAAAGCAACAAAGGCAGUAACUCAGAGGUCCAAUCACUGAGCUCCUUCCAGUCUGAUUCCUGUGAUGACAAUGCUUCCAUAGUGACCGUCAUUCGACUGGUCAAUGAUGCAGUCGACACAAUCGAAAGUGAAGUGUCAGUAAUGGACCAAGGUCAAACCUACAACAGAGCGUAUCACUGGGACACGUCCGACUGGAUGCCGAGCACCAGGCUGUCAGACAUUGAAGAGGUGCCAGGCUAUGAGGCACAUCCUGGCAGCAAUGUAGCAGGCUCAGCCCCCCACCUUGGUGGAAGCACCCGUGAACUUGAGUCAGACUACUACCUCGGAGGCUAUGACAUCGACAGCGACUACCCCCCUCCCCACGAAGAAGAGUUCUUGAACCAAGACCAGUUGCCACCUCCGCUGCCCACAGGUGAGGACUAUCCUGAGUCUUACACAGCAGCCAACCCACCAGUAUCCAAGGAAAGCACCCUGAGCUCUGGCAGCACUGGAAGUCAGCAUGCCAGGCCACAUUUCCACCCCAGCCAAUACCUGCCGCCCCAUCAGCUGCCCCUGGGGGAAGUACCACACGGGGAUUUCAGCACUUCAACCCCAGGAAACACUGAUAACUCUGUGUCGUUAAAUAUGCGACAAUCUGGUGAUGCAUCAUCAGCCUCAGACAUGUCGAUCCCCUGUGGGCUGGAUGACUCUGAACAUAGCGGCGACUUUGACAGUAUGGACGAGCUUCGUCGAGGGGUGACCAUCAUUACUGACUCACAGCAACAGACUGAGGUGUGAUUGAACGGAUGGAGACACAUAAUUGGAUGUUAUCCCAGGGGAUGCUGAUACAACCAUAGACUAUAACAGUAACCUUAAAACCGCAUAUUUAACACCACAUUUCACUUGUUUCAACUCCUAGAGUUUCAUGAAACUCUGUCCAGAAAUGGGAGUGUUAAGUUUUAUCAUAAACAACAAACUGAGUGUUGUCAGUCCUGUUGCCGCUGUGCAGAACAAUCAGAAGUGCCCUUCCUGUUCCAAUAAGGAGUCAUUUGUAAUGUGAAAUGUGAAUCAGACUAGUCCAAAAGAUAUUGAAAUUUACAUCUGCAAUAGAAAAAAAUUUACAAAAGAGAAGGGACAAUAAUGUAAGUGAAUAAGUUGUUUGGUUCCCUGCUCCUUCACAGAAGCCCAUCAGACCUCUUCUUUCGAAAAAAAAAAAAUCAAACAGAUCCCCAUUUUCCUUUUUUCCUUCUUGGAUUUAUAAACUUUUGAGUGCUUUGAGCUUGUACAGACUUUGUAAAAUAGUAUAACCUUACUGGUGAAUAAGUAUGAAGCAGUGUUCUGGCCCCAUUUCAAAAAGCCAUUUAUUUGUUUAAAUGUGGAAUGUGCUUGCUCCUUCCCCCCCAAAAAUCAAGUACUGCAUUAAGCCAUGAAUCUUCAGUUAUCCUCUCUCAGUAGCCCAAAAGGUUCAAUGUAUCAUUGAUUUUCCAGCUUCAUUAUUUUUGUACCUAGUUUUGUGCGGAAACCAAGAGCUACUGUAGUUGCUAAUGUAUUGUAAGGAAUUAUAUGAUUUGUCCUCAUGACAAAAAUAAGCACUGUGUCAUACAUGAAUAUAAUCAAUUUGUAUACUCAAGAUAAUUAUCUUAUUUUUGUCAUGAGGACAAAUCAUUUAAUUCUAAUAUAACCCCAAAUUUUUUUUAAAGUGAUCAGGACUACUUUAGACUGAGGGAUAAAAUGUAAGUGGAGGCUUGAUAUCAAGAUGAACUUAUUGUUGUCUUAUCUCAUUGCCAAAUGUUAGCAGCGGUGUAAAGUAAGUACCUUUUCUCAAGUACUUUAGUUAAGUUCAAUUUUGAGGUACGUCAUUUCUAUGCAGUCAGUAUGAAUUAUUACUAUUCACUGUAUGCAGCUUUAUACAGCUACUUCACUACACUUAAUUGGGAAAUAUUGCUCUUUCUCUUUGCUCUUUUCAGAUUAAUAUUACACAAACAAAACAUAUAUACAGUAUCUGAUACAUGCUGUAUGGAGUGGCAACAAUGAUUCUGCUGGAGAACUAAUCCCACUUCAUAAACAUGAACUUUAAAUUUUGGUAAAUCAACAAAAUGUAGCACAUAAGGAGACUGGGGUUGUGGAGGAAGCUGUAGCAGUGUUGGCAUUAGGUGUUCUGUCUAAACUGAUGCUCUGCUCCAUCUUGCUGGAUUUUAAUUGUUAUCUUGUAAAAAAAUUAUUAAGAAAAAAAAAUACUUUAUCUUCAGAUAAAAAGAUAGUUACUGUAAGUAGAAAUGUUAUGAUAGAAAUGCUAAUUCUAUUUGCAACCACAGCCACUCUUAGCAUCAGUCAUUUUGUUUUGUGAAAUUGUUUUUUUUUAUGUUGCACUAUUGUUUUGAUGUUGGCUUGUCAAACUGUUUUUGAUGAAAUUGCCAUAUUCCAAAAUCCUACAGUAAUUGUUAAUUCAUGGUGAAAAAUCAUUAUAUAGGACACAAUGCCACUGCAGAGUUGAAAAUAAUUGACAAACACCAGCUGCAUUAUGCUGUGAGCCUGAGUUGGUGACCAUAUACUAUCUACUCUCCCUCAAUUUGUUUGGUGUUUAUUGUCCAUGUGGAGCAGACACAUUUUAGCGGCACUGCAUUCCUCUGUUUCAGAGUGUUGGUAGUUCCAUCCCACUCCCCCAAUGUGCAUGUCGAAGUAUCCCUGGGCAAGAUACUUAAUCCCAAAUUGCAACCGAUGGCUGUGCCAUAUAUUAAUGUGUGAAUGUAUUCACUUCUGUUUCUGAGGGCACCUUACCCUCUGCCAUCAGUGAAUGAAUGUGCGUGAGUGUGUGUAAAAGCUUUCAGUGGUUGGAAAGGCGCUAUACAAGUACAGACCAGUUAUCAUUUGCUACUUUGUAGCAUCUUCACCAUGUCUGCAGACAGAAGUCAAACACUUAUCCGGGUCCAGGUCAUCUGACUGCUUCGUAUCAUCACUGUAUUGUUCUAUAAUCUGCCUGAUUUCUUCUUGAAAGAUGUAUGUUUGUGUUUAAAUCUCUGUACAGUGUACAUAGCUAGGUUGUUAAAAUUCAGAUUUUGUAGAUACGUAAUUGCAAUCCUGAAAUGCCUUUGUUUUUUUUAGUUGGGCUUUUUGAUGUGAAUGUGGACAAUAAGAGACUGUGGAAUAUCAAUUAUUUUCACAUCAUUCCUCCUCUGCCGCUGACUGACUGAAUGCCAUUUCAAUAUGAUAGAUACAUUUUGCACAGUAUUAAAUACAGACAUUACAACUCAGCAAAUUUGGUUUUUAUGGCAAUGAAGGAAUUGUUUUGUACAUUUCUUUCAUCUGGAAUGUUUUGAUGAAUUCCUAAUGUUCCUAAAGACAUUUAGCAAUGUCAAAAAUAUGUCCCCUAUCUGCAGAAAUAGAGUGUACAAAUGUUUUUCAAUUCAGUGCAGAAAAUAAAAAGGUUCUUGUGCACCA